AUGGGCCAAUCGAGCAGCCAGCUCGACCAGUCCACGCAACAGUCACAGUCAAUUGAGCAGCCGCCGCCUGCCGACGCAGCCAUGCCUGAUGAACCGCGCCGCGAGCCCGCACGCACCACCGCAUCAGAACAGCUUGAACGCGAUUUGCUACAAGCCAGCCAGGAGAGCCCGGAGAAGCCGAAGAAGAAACACAAGAAGCGAAAGAGGGAGUCGCAAGCACAUGAAGAGGCAGACAACGCUCAACGACACACUAGCCCACGGGCUGGAAGCCCCAAAAUCGACCAAGUGGACCAACGGCUGGACAGCACACCGGAGAUGGAACCUUCCAGCAAGCAUCAGACGCCGGAAGAGAAAACGCUUGCGACCAUGACCUACGCGCGCAAAGACGUACAGCGCAUGCUGAAGAAGAAAGAGUUGGAGGAGAUCGUCUUCAGCAACAAGGGCUACUGGAAGAAGCUGCCAGAUGGAAACUGGGGUGUGAAGCUGUUCACGGAAGGCGAGACACCUCCGCAGAAUGCAUACGGAAAUCAUGCGGCUGAAUUGGUGGCGCUCGCAAAGAAGGAUAUCGAGCGAAUCAAGUACGUGGAGGGUGUUGCACUGGAGAACGAGCGGAACGCGCGGGAAAAGGUAGAGCAGGCAAGAACUGGCGUCCUUGAGCCUGAGCAGCGAAUUCAGGAGCACACCGAGAAAGCCGAGAAGCAGAUCGAGAAGCAAGCCGGGAAGCAUAUCGAGAAGCACAUCGACGAGCGGAUUGACGACGAGCCUACCAUGGUCGAACCCAACGUGACAGCGGCGACCAGCGCGAAGAGAACCACAAAAGCUAGAGCGUCUCGCAGAGCUCGACCCAAGAAUUUGAUGAAGCAAACGGAAAAGGGGGUAUCGGAAUCUGUGGAUCGUGAUGAGACUCCUCAAAUAGCCAAAGAAGCCAACGCAGCUACGCCCCAUGACCCGAUAUUCAACAUGCCCCGCCAUGUAGAGCAUUGGCUGGAUGACCAUGCGACGCACGGCGUAGAAGAGCUAACGAAAAACACUCUGCCCAGCGGGCUUGUGUCUUCCGUCAAACGCAAACGGAAGUCCCAGUACCAAGCUGACGACAGCGACGAGUAUGCGGAUGAUGUUGAUGACGGCUCGCUUGGUCCUGGUGAUUCCUAUAGUGUGGUCGAACCGCCUCGGAAGAAGCCGAAGACGAAGUCAACAUCAUGGCCGAAUGCGAAGGAAUUCGGAGUGUACACCACUGGGCCGCUCACAGCAGAAGAGAGAGCCAUUGCAGAUAGAGUGUUCGAAUCGACGAGGAAGAGCUGCAACCUCACGGAAGCAGAGCUCAAAGCUAAGAUCAUGGACUACCGUCAAGCACCGGAGUUCAGAGAAGGACUGGAGAAUGCUCUGCCAGAUCGGACCAAGGAGACCUUGAGGAAGUUUGCACAGCGACGUUAUCAUCCCUAUCAACGUGGAGCCUGGACUACAGAAGAAGACCAAGCUUUGCGAGAUGCGCACGCAAAAUGGCCUGGCAAAUGGGCGCAGAUCAGCAAGACAAUGGAGCGGACAGCCGACGAUUGCAAAGACCACUGGAGGAAGGUUCUGUCCAAAACAAACAUUGGGCCUUGGUCAGAAGAGGAAGAGCACGCGUUGAUGGCGCGCGUAGAAGAAGCCAUAGGAAAGAUCAAGCACGAGUAUCGCGAAGACGAAGAACUCGUGAAUGAUACUGGUCGCCUGGAAUCAUUGGUCAGCUGGACGAGGAUUGCAGAGACGCUCGGCAACAAGCGGACGAUGAAACAGUGCCGCGAAAAGUACAACAAGCUCAAAAGUCGUACGGCCAAGGUCGAUUCCGUUGUACAGAGUCAGCCUACGCAGGACGAGGCUGAGGUUGGUGGCGUAGAAGAGUCUGAAGACGAGGCUUCUAAGAAGAAGACGAAAAGAAGCAAGUUGAACGAGGCCAACGCGCAUCUCAACAAAUUCGAGCUAGGAGACUACUACGAUGUAUUUGUAGAAAUCCACACCACGUUCCCCGACCCCAACGCCCAUUACAGUUCCGAGGACAUCAUAUGGUCCAUGGUGCCGUGGAAAAACCAAGGUAGCCGGUUCAGCAUGAGUUAUCUGGGUGGUGCGUUGCGAAAAGCUGCCUUCGAGAAUGCAUGUCGCCACUGGCCCGAUGAGUCGAAGAAGAUCAAACGGAAGCUCGAGCGGGCCGAGACGAUUCCUGCGAAAGCACUGGCACUCACAAAGAUUAUCGAGAAGCGGACAGGCAAAGAUCAGAUGGGAGCCUUGCCGCGGCUGUACGAGCCGGAAUUGGUGGGGAAGUCGAGUGACGAAAUACUCAGGAUCAAGAAGGAGAGAAAGGAGGCAAGGAAGAGAUCCAGGGAGGAGGCGUACAACAAGAAUGGUCUUUCGAAGGACGUCGUCUCUGACUCCGAGGCGGAGGGCGAAGCAAAGUCUGCCGAGGCUGAGGCAAAAGUGAAGGCAAGAUCGAAGCGAGAUACGACCGAGAAGAAGGACCUCUCCAAGGAGAUGAUCUCUGACUCCGAGGCUGAAAGCCAAGCGGUGCCCAUUAAGAGUGAGGCAUCCGCAACGCGAGCCAUCUCAGCCACGCCAGAGUCCGAGGACGCCGAUGCCGAAGCGAAUGCCACUCCUGAGCUCUCCGAAGACGAAGGCUUGUCUCCAGAUGGAGAUCGCGAUCGUGAAAGACGUUCAUCAGAAGUCGAGGGAGAGGACGAGGACGAGGACGAAGAUGAGGAUGAGCAGGGCACGCAGAAAAUUCCGGAGACUCAACCCGACCCUUCUGAGGCUUCUGAACCCCCUGUGCACAUGGCGGCACCCGCUGAGCCAACUCCCAAAUCAUCUUUGAAGAAGGACUCGAAGCUGAGUCGGCAGGAAUUCAUGCGUCGAUGCAGUGAUUCUAGCAAAGCCAAAAAGCCGGCCUUGACACCCUCGCGUAGACGACCGAUCACCUAUAGUAAGAAGCCGGGAAGCGGGCGACGUCGAGUCUGA